CCUUUCUUAAAGUUUUAGGACCAAGUAGUAAUAUGCCAAGAGAUUUAAACAAAUUUAGAAGCUUGGAAAAAAAGCAGCAAGCAAGAUAAAAAAACCUAGUAAAGAACCACAAAAAGUAGCAGUCACUCAUUCAUUCCCUUUACCACCAUUCUAGCUAUCCCUUUCCUUUCCUUCUCCUCCUCAUCCUCCCAUUCCAUUCCAGUCCAUUUCCUUCCCCUUUCCAUGUUAAGCAAUUUCAUCCCCUCCCAACACAACACUGCACUAACCACAACCAAAACUACUUUGCUCUCCCCUCCAUUCACAAAAAUGGAAAAAACCUACUCAUUGUGAAUCUCUUAUAUAACAACCCUUUUCCUAUUUUGCUCUAUAUUCUCAUAUUCUGCCUUCCUUGCACACCCUAUUCACAGCAAAAAAAAAAAAAAAAAAAUCCCCCUUGGGCAGAACCCAACUGCCCAACUUCUCCAUAUAUAUACAAGUACUCCUUUGACCCGCUGAACUACUGUAUUUUAGCUUGUUUUUUUGCUGGUUUCCUUGUCUGGGUUUUCACUUAGAAGCUGCAAAGUUUGAAACUUUGGUGGAAAAAAAAACAUGGGGAGAGGUAGGGUUCAGCUGAGGCGGAUCGAGAACAAGAUAAGCAGGCAAGUGACCUUCUCCAAGAGGAGGAGUGGGCUCCUGAAGAAAGCCAAUGAGAUCUCAGUCCUCUGUGAUGCUGAUGUUGCUCUUAUUGUCUUCUCCACUAAGGGCAAGCUCUUCGAGUACUCAUCCGAUUCCAGCAUGGACACUAUACUGGAGAGGUACGAGAACUAUUCAUAUGCAGAGCGACACCAACUUCCUAUCAACGACCCUCAUCUACAAUCGGGAAGAUGGUCCAUGGAAUGUCCUAAGCUCAUGUCUAGGAUUGAAGUCUUGCAGAGAACCAUAAGGAACUUGGCAGGAGAAGAAAUUGACCCCAUGAGUUUAAGAGAGCUUCAGCAGCUGGAGCAGCAGAUUGAUACUGCUCUUAAGAGAGUUCGUUCCAGAAAGAAUCAACUCUUUCAUGAAUCCAUCUCAGAGCUCCAGAAAAAGGAACGUUCGUUGAGUGAGCAGAACGGCGUGCUAUCCAAGAAGCUGAAGCAUAAUGAGAAGGAGUCGAGCACUGGGGAUGAAGAUGAGCAGUCAGAGCAACAACAACAGCAGCAGCAGAGCAAUGGUGAGAUGGGCUUAUCCCAGCAGUAUUUUGUGCCGCCGCAACCAAUGCAGAUUCAACGUCAGCUAGGUGCUGCAUCCACUUCGAAGACUACCCAGCAGCAGCAGCAGAUACCGCUUUGGAUGCUUCCUUUUGUUCACGAAUGAAUGCUACGACGUCGUACCCAGAUCGAUCGAGCAAUUGGUUAGAGUCAUGAUGAGCAGUUCUUAAUAAUUAUGUGGGGAAAAAUAAAAAUUAAAGAGCAGUGAAUAAUUAGAAUGCAACUAAUUAACUAAUUAAUUAAAUGUGGUGUAUCCAUGUGGCACCUGUCCAUUCUAUUGUAUGAUGAUGUGUAAUUGUAAUAAUCUAUAGGUAAGUGC